AUGCAUUCCGCGACGUAUGCAAAGGGGAAACGAUAUGGCGUUUUGGGAUACCUACCGGAGCCGGGCUCAAGGGAGGCCGAGCUAUGGGAGCUGAACCGAACGCAAUCUCCUUUCCUGCGCCUCCCGCCAGAAAUACGCAACAAGAUCUACUGUCUCCUCCUAUCCAACAUGGGCAUCCACGUCCUCCACGACCCUAAAACGGGAUCCUUCCACUGCCUCACGCUCCGACCCGGCGCGAACCCCUGGACCUCCGUCCCCGCCGCAGUCCUGGGACGGGGGCUGACACUGCUGGUGCUGGUCUGUAGACAGCUCUACCACGAGACGGAGCUGAUUCCAUACCGCGAGAACGCGUGGAGUUGGGCUACGCCGGGGUUGAUGGAGCGGUAUCUGCUUACGGAGCGGCGGAUGGGGUUCGCGCAGAGGAGGGUGCUGAGGGAGGUUUGCGUUAGAGGGAUUGCGGGGUUUGGGAAUUGUAGUCGGAGGGUUAGGGGGGUUUUGGGCGGGUUGGAGGUUGUUUGGUUUUGGGAGGGGAGUGGGAACGCGGAGCAGGGGAAGAGGGGGCUUGGGGGAUGGGUUUGUGAGGUUGUUGAGAGGGGGAGGGUUGAGGUUGGUGUUGGGAAGCCUAAUUGA